CCGCCCGAAACCAACAUCCGUCGUCGCGGCCGCCAAAAGCUCUCAAAUCGCAACAGAGCCGAACAGUGCAGAGGACCCAAUGGAGCCCGGCGUCUGCACCAACGCUGGCGCCGCCGCCCGCGCGGGUAUCCUCCUCCCGCGCUGCCGACCGUCUUCGUCGGCCGUCGCGCCCGUCACCCUGCGCCGCCGCAGCCUUCCGACGCGAGGGUUGCGCUGCGCCGGCGCGGACUGGACCGAGCCGUCUUUCGCGACCGUCGCGGAGAAGCUCGACGCGGCAAUGGCGGCAGGGAUGGCGCGCGCGUCCUCGGGGGCCGGUGGCGAGGAGGAGAAGGGCCAGACCGGGGCGAUCAACGGCGUGGGCAGCAGCGCGGUGGAGGAGCCGGUGGCCGUGCCGUUCGCGCCGUUCGAGCAGAGCUUGGUGGCCGUGGACAGUGUCGGGGAGGAUGCGCUCAGUCAGGCGCUCGGCAGUAAGUUACGCUUCGAGGAGACAUCUACAUAUGUCAUAUAUGGCACCGGUGCUUUCUUUGCUGGAUGGAUUUUGUCUGCUGUUGUUUCAGCAAUCGACUCCAUCCCCUUGCUCCCAAAGAUACUGGAAAUUUUGGGCCUUGGUUACACAAUUUGGUUCGGCACACGGUAUCUUCUUUUCAAGGAAAACAGAGAUGAGCUGCUCGUCAAAGUUGAAGAUCUCAAAAAGAGAAUUGUUGGAUCUAGCGAUGAGUGAUAUGUUAGCACGUGAUUGGGCUUUAGCUGCAUCUUACAGUUAGUUCCACUUUUAAUCUUCUUGCUAAAACUGUAAUGCUUGCGCCUUUGAUGUUUACUGUCUUCGAAAAUUGCAUGAAGCUCUCUGGUCUGCUCACUUUAGUAUGA